UUCAGUACUGUGAGCAAAUUAUAGUGUUGGUUUAUAAAGUAUAGUGAAGGAACGGGAUAAAUUUGGAUUUGUUGACAAUCAAUAACAGCCCGUAUCAAAAUAAUGAAAAUAGUCAUAUAAGUGAAAGAAGAACUUAUAUCUAUAUUAUAUUGAUAAUUUUAUGUACAAUGUGGUAAUUAUUUUGAGAAUGUGCAGCCACUACUGUUGGAAUAUAGCAUAACUGGAUAUAAGCAAAUCAUUGUGCCUGGAAAUAUCAGUUUAUUAAACACUCGAUAAAUAAAUACAUAAAGAAAUAAAUUAAUUACUAGAUGACUGUUAUUUUUUCUUUCGAUUUAUUGGAUUAUUGCCGUUUAAGAAGAAUCAAAUACAAAUGGUACGUCUUUGAAGAAAGGGGAACAUUAAGGUCGGCAGCGAACUUACGGCAAAAUGUAUAUUAACUAGUAUAUUGACUGGGGAAUAAUUAUGAAUGUAGGUAUUUCAUCGUGCGCCCUAACAGGAGUGAAAAAGUAGGUCAAUAACUUGAAUUUCAUGUAACAUUUUACUAAUGUUUCUCAAGUUGGCAUAGCAGAUUUUUUUUCGUGUGAGAUGCCUAUUAAGCUCAUGUAACAUAGGGCGUCUGAUUAUCUGUGUACUUACAUCCAACGUUUGAUUCGGAGAAAAAUAUUUCUUCAGACUUGUUCUACUGUCUUAUAUAAAUGUCGAGAGUAAGAUUCCAUGCGUUUCUUGCUAUAAGUGAAUAAAAUCAGGACGACUGAAUAAUGGAAUAGCAAACUCGAGUAUGCAGCUGUCUCGACGUUUAUAAGGAACUUUGGCAGUAAAAAUCGACGAAUUAGCUAUUUGCGAAUUAUUGGGACACUUUGAUAUGGAGUGGUUCAUUGGACCAAUACGCAGUUUUGGCAACUGGGCGGUUUAGGUUUCAUUAACUAUCGAAAUGCAUUAGAUGUGAAAAAGCAUGAAGAACAUGGCUAGGACUGUGGUUUUCUACAGACGAAUUAUCAGGACUUUGGUUUUAUGUAUGGUGGUUGCCGUCUGCAUCAAAAUUUCCUUAAAUCCCUCUGUACUGAAAAUGGCCCACGCCGUUGAUUUCCGUAAUCGGAAAUCGUACAAUUUUGCAGGAAAUUAUUCGUAUGGAAGUCCUGGUCGCAGCACUAUACGCACGUACACUUUAGAUAUGUUACGUCAUACCAAUAGAAAUACACAGGAAACCAACUGGCAGACGGCAAACAGAUGGCAGGCAGCUAACAACUUGCAAACUGCAGGCCACUUACCGACGGCUAGCAAUUUACAGACAGAUGACAACUUUCAGAUGACUGCGGCAGUAGCAAAAUCGACGACGACUAUGAGCACACGAAGCAUUACUAACCAUUUUAAAGCAGUGGUUACUCACACCAAAAAUAAACAAACUUUGCUGAUAAAACCAUCAAACAAAAGUGAUACAACUAUCAUAUUAAAAGAUUUAAAUCUAGACACUAAUUCUACAAAGAAGAGUCUACAAAAACAUCCGAAUCAAGUCGACUUUGAGAUGAUUACAUCAGGGAGAUUCAUACCAGAAGAUCUCAUGAAACAGGGUCCUUUCCGGUUCCUGAAUAACUAUAAAAAUCCCUGUUGGAAAGCUACCAAAAAGUAUAGAACAGACCCCUCUAUCCGCUGUCUGCCUUAUUUCUAUCUGAUUGGUGCCCCGAAGUCUGGAACAACUGAUAUGCACAGAAGGCUUAUCCAACAUCCGGAUAUAUCCAGGCUUGUGGUGAAAGAACCUCAUUGGUUGACCAGAAAACAUUACUAUGCACAUGGUAAGGCGGGAGGACAUUCAAAUUUUACAGAUUAUCUCCGGUACUUUACCUUCGCGACGAGGGAAAUAUAUAUGAAAGAAGAUGCCAAUGGUUACCAUAGCAAAAUAUUCGGUGACUGUUCCGCUUCAACCAUGUGGGACAACGAUUACUGGACAAUACUGCCAGAAUACAGGAAUCUCUCCGAGCCUCGUUAUACAAAUGCAGAUUAUAUACAUCAUUUAAAUCCAAAUACAAAAAUUAUUGCCAUGUUACGAAAUCCAGUAGAAAGGCUGUACUCUGAUUAUUUAUUUUUUCAACACGGAAGUCCACAGCUAUUCCAUGAAGGAGUGGUGAAAAUGAUUAAAUAUACCCAUGAAUGUUUGAAAAGCAACACACUUCGUCAUUGUUUAUACAAACCAGCAAAAGACUUUAUUUCCACACAGAUAAGACUCCGUAUUGGUGUUUAUCAUCUCCAUCUGAAAGAGUACUUGCGCGUUUUCCCACGUGACCAAGUGAUGGUGAUCAAACUUGAAGCUUUUUCAAAUAAAACUGCUCCAUACAUGCAAAAGAUCUUCUCAUUUUUAGAAAUACCGGAAUUAGACGACAAAGAUUUACAAAAGAUUGCAAACCCAGAACGACACGCAAAUACGAGAAGAAAGAAGGACAAAAAUGCUGGGGAAAUGUUGCCCGAGACAAGGAAAAUGUUGCAAGAAUUUUAUCGUCCACAUAAUGAACUAUUGACCGAGUUACUUGGAGAAAACUUUAAUUACAACACGGACUGAUCAUGUGAAGUUAUUUUUAAUAAAUAUUGUUUUGAAGCGGUUAAAUUUAAAGCUGUCAAUGAGUGUAAACGGUUGCCGUAAUGGAGAAGGGAUUGACUUCUUUUGAUAUGUUAGAAAUGUGUUAUAAGUCAUAUCCUAUUAUUUAUUUUAGAUUUUAAUUUAUAAACAUUGUUUCAUUUUGGUUAUAAAUAUAUGUAAAAAAGCAGUAUUACUAUGAUAGCAUAUUGACCAAAACCAGGGUUUCUUAGUGGUAAGAAUCACUAACUGGAUAGAUCUGCUUUCUGUGAAAGUGAUGAACUGGAUAGAUCUACUUUCUGUGAAAGUGAUGAACUUAGAACAUAACUUAUAAUCUAUGAUUAGAUGUUGUACAUGUGUUAUUCAAUUAUCUCUGCAGAAUACAUGAUGCGUGCGUCAAGUAGAACAGCAGUAUGUUCGUCGGUGUCUAAAGCUUUUGUUGUUUUCUGUUGAUGCCACAGGAGAAAUGAGAUACUACCGUGCUAAAGGCCUUACAAUAAUUAUAGGUUAUUAGCUUUGUAUCGGGAAAUAUGCACGAGCUCUUCAGCGGAAAUAUUGCGCGACUUUGCAAUAUUCUUCCGCUGAAGAACGAGUGCAUAUUUCCCGAUGCAAAGAUAAUAACCUUUUUAUUACAUACGCAUCUACACGUAUAAAUAUAAUGUAAAUAUCAUAAAUAUGUUCAAUAGCCUGAAUAGGAUUGACAAAACUGAACUAAUUAGAAAAUAAUAGUGCAACAACACACACUGAAUUACGUCGAGAACCCAAUAUGAAAUUCAGGCGUCGGUGUAUGGAAAAAUAUUGACAUUUCCGGUACCAGUGUAACUUAACGGGGAAUAGAAAUGAGUAUGUAAUAGUUACAUAUAUUUCUGUUGUGUGACUAUUUAUAGGGAAGUACUGGUUGUGUUUACAUUGUGAAAUCUAGUCAUUUUGCACAUCUCUUUUUAAUGAGUGUUCGAAGUUAAUUGGUCUUCGAAGAACUUACGAUCUUCAGAAUACUGUAGAUCUAGCCAGUCUGCGUCUGCACUGCAGCAAUUAUUUGUUGUUUAUUUAUAAGUUAAAAUGCUUCUGUUGACUUUGAUGUUUCUGUGUUCAUUUCGUUUACUCAAAUUAUUUAUUUACUGCAUUCUAUACAUAAAGCGUGACGUUACUUUCCGUCUAACGGUGCGUCAGUGUGAAAGCGGUACCGUAGUGUACACAGUUGAGGUAGUGGACCGGUAUUGACGGUCGAUAACUUCCGUCAGAUCACGUUUUCUCCGUAUGUAAGUUCGGCAUUCUCCGAUUGUUAUGGAAACCAUUGGACGUGUAGCCGAAAUAACAGACGAGAAAACGAAAUACGGAAACAAAUGUAUUCUGUUGGCUUUCGUUCAUUUGACUUGCUGUUACAAUGGCAUGUUGUGUAAGCCUGAUGGUAACCCAACUGCUAAUUUUAGGGCAUCUCCUUAAAUAAUUAUGGACCCUUUCAGUUUUGUUAAUGCUUAUUCUUUGCUGUACAACAAACUGCAGUAUUAAAAUGAUGUCUCUCUCA